AUUGUGUGACGAAAAUACAACAAGUGCAAACAACAAUAAUAAUAAUAGCAGAAGCAGCAACAACAACGUAGCAACAACUCCUUUUCGAAAAGCGAGACAGCAACAACAACAGGAGUGCGUGUGACAGGGACAGAGAGAGACGGCGGUUGUUGUUGUUGUUGUCGUUAUUGUUGUUGCCCCACACUGAUAGCUAUGAUUAAUGAAGAAGAAUCCACCGCCGCAACAACAAAUCAAGUAUGACGGAGGAAAUAACCGGCGAUUGGAGCUAUUACGUGUAUAUAUCGCUGACGUUGGUUCCAGUCUAUUUGGCAUUUCGGCUCAUUAAGUCACUGGGCUGGCAGCUCUUCGUCAACAACUGAGCAAACAUCUGAAGCUGAAGCUGAAACUGAACUGAACUGAAGUUGCAGCCGUCAUCAGGAGGGAGACGAGAAAUCCGUCGAGGAAAAGUCGAACAGCCAAAGCCGAAGAGCGUGAUAUCAAUGUGUAUAUAUUUUGUAAAAAUGCAAUAAAUGGAAAGCUAAAGGACUAGAAAGCGGCAGAGGAGAGAGUGAUAAACAGGGGUCCCAGCAGCUGCCAGGACUGCCAGGAUUGCCAGAAUCGUGUUGUGCGAGCCGAGUUGUUGCUGCUGCUGGCUGGCCAGAAAGGAGUAAACAAAAGGCGAGGCGAUGCAAAGCAAUCAACGUCAUAAGCAGGAGCAGCAGCAGGACCAGCAACAGCAACAGAAACAGAAACACAGACCGGAACAGGACCACCACGACCACCGUGGACGGAGUUAUUGUGGUGGCACCGCCAAGCAGCCUCAGCCGCCGCCGCAGCUGCAUCAGUAUCCACUAUAGGGACACCAGCCAACCAGCCAAC